AUGGACGACUACCAACCAGAAAUGCAGGAAUUUGAGGAUUAUAGUUAUCAAUAUACCGAAGAUGAUAGCAAUAGAAAGCGCAGCCAGCAUUCAGAUAUCGAUGACGACGCUACAAAGAAACGUAGGACUCAGCAGCCACAACGUAGGCUUAAUAAGGACGGUUCAGAAAAACCAAAACUCAGUAGGGGUAGCAGAGCAUGUUUGGUUUGUAGGCGGGUAAAAAUGCGCUGCAUCGGUGCAAGCGAGGGUGUCAAAUGCAAGAGAUGCUCGAACGGCGGUCAUGAAUGCAUUUUUGAAGAAUCUAACCGCGGUAGACGCAGUACAAAGAAAUCGGAUCAAUUGUCUAGUUCCUUAAAGAGUAUGGGUGAAACACUCGGCGGUGUCCUCAAGAAUAUGGCACCAGGUACACCGCCCUCUGAACAAUCUCCUUACAGUCAAUUUAGCCCAGCGAAUUCUGCAGAAGCUAGCACGUCUAGACUUGCAGUACCGCCAUAUAGUGUGAAUAGCAUGGACAGCCAGACACAACCAUCAAUGAGCAACUAUGGUCGACCAAUGCUAAACCAUCAAGCGGUAAAAACACUAGAGAAGUUAAUGGGAGGCACACAGGCUCAACAAAUUGAAGCAGCCAGCUGGAUCAUGCAAUUUCAAGAAUCGGUCGUUCAUUUCAACAAUCAAAUUCUCGAUCAGAACCUUAAGAUGGAGCGAUUGCAGAGCAAGCAGCUCCCACAACCAGGGGGUCAUCUCAGCAAAGGAGUUACGCCACUAGAUCAGCUCGUCAGUGCAUUUCAAGUUAGCUCUCCUAAGCUCGGAAGCACACUUGAAAGACAAGAAUCUACGGCAGCACCAAUGUCAUUCCCAACUCCAGCAUAUAACAGACAAGCAUCUUUCGAUAAGCCUUUCGAUAGACCGGCUGCAAUUGACAAAUUAAAACUACCACAAAAUGUGCCUCCGCAGUCACCAAAGCUUCAUAGCUUACCUGAUGAUACAUUAAAUCCGCUUGGUUUACUAGCGGAAGCUAGCCUCAACAAUAGGAGAUACACUAUGCGAAAUUCUCAACGACCUGAUUUAACUACGAUUCUCAACAAUAAUGAGGAGAAAGAUGAAAAUGGCACUAAAAUAAGUGAGAAAGAGAGAAAUGAGCAGGUAGAAGCUUUAGUUAAGGCACAAAAUUUAGAGGGAAUCGGUGUAGCAUCGGAAGAGUAUUACAGACCAGGUCCAAUGUCUAUGUUACCAUUGCGCAGGAUUUUCAUUGAGCGUCAAGUCAGACCAGAGAUUUUGUCAUUUUGCACUGAGGACAAUAUUAAAGAUCUGUUUACUAUAUUUUAUAGACAUCUAAAUAUGCAUACAUAUAUACUAGAUGAGGAUUUCCAUACUCCAUCACUUGUUGCGUCAAGAUCACCAUUCCUACUUACAGCCAUAUGUGCGGUUUCUUCGAAAUUUUACGAUAAGGAACCGGCUUUACAAGCAAAAUUAAAUGCAGUAGCACGUAAACUUGCAUUUGACGUCCCUUCACAAGGUUUUAAGAGUGUAGAGAUUGUAAUGGCAUAUCUCAUACUUGUAUAUUGGGGAGUUGGACCAUCUCGACGUUUUGAAGAAGAUAAAACUUGGUUAUUACUUGGUUUGGCGCUGCGCGUUGCCACAGAUUUAAACUUACAUCGCAAAUCAUCACUUAGUAGUAUGCCAGGUAUAAAUGAUGUCCAAAGAGAACAAGAAUUGAGAUGUAGAGAAAGAAUAUGGAUUUUAUGUUAUAUCACGGAUCGUUCACUUUCAUCUCAAAUGGGUAAACCUUCUUCUAUCAGUUUAAGGGAAGAUUAUAUCAUCCGGCACGUAUCUGACUGGGCUAGACAAUCCUCUGGUAAUCCAAGAGACUAUUGCGUAGCCGCCUACUGUGAACUUCAGCGAAUCGUUUCAAGGUUUAUUGACUUUCAUUAUUCAUCCACAGCUACACCAUCAGGUUUGGGUACAGAUAUUAAUUACAUGCUAAUUACGGUAAUGUUUGAGAGUCAAUUGUUGAGUUGGUACGAAUCAGUUAUCAAUGCAAAUGAAACAAUAGUAUGUUCAGAAGAGCAACACGAUUACAUUAUCAACGUUAGUAAAUUUAUGUUCAAUUAUUGGACUCUUGCAAUCUUUUCAUUUGGAUUACAAAGUGCUUUGGAGACCAAUAGCGUAGAUUUCACAUAUUUUUUCACUAAAUGCUAUCAUUCUGCUCAAGAAUUACUGUUAAUAACGAAAGAAGUAAUGGCUCCUAGAGGUUGGCUUAAAUACUCAGUUGAUUCACACUUUGUCUUCAUUACCUACGCCACAGUUUCCUUAAUGAAAUUUAUGAGACCACAGUUUAGUCCAUAUCAUUCAGUAAUCGGAAUUGAUAAUAGUAAAAUUAUCAAUCAAGUCUCAGAGAUAGCUAGUUUAUUAGCAAGUGUAGCUGUAGAUUCUAAACAUACUCCAGCGCUUUAUGCUGCAUUCUUACAAGCAUUGAUUGGACCACCGACGACCGGCCAUGAUGAUGAUCAAUUAAAGAACCGUAACGAAAUAUUUGACAAACUUAUGACAGAUGAUAUUGAUAAGGAGACCACCUUAAAGCAAUCUAAUGACGAAAAUCAUGGUGAAAGUGCCAACGGUUUGAUGGAUGAAGGUUCCACAUAUAUGCCGCCGCCAAUUACUUCAAUGGCAUCACAAUCAGAUGAAUAUGGCUCAGCAGCCGGAUUUGAAGGCACAAAUGUGGACUAUAUUAGUAUGGAUUUGAAUGCCUUAAACGAACAAGCUCAAGCUAUGGAUGCCUUGUACCAAAAUGGGUUUUGGGAAAACGUACUUUUACCUGGCUUUGGUGGACCAUUGGAUUCAAUUUCAGGUGGUGUUAUGAGAUCAGGUUAUCUCACACCAAAAGGUAUUACACCUUCCCAAACACCGCGAAAUAUCUCACGACCUCAAACACCCGGAACUACUUCACAGCAAUAUGUGAAACCAAAACACCGUAUGAACGGCAUGAUGCCCUCAAAUUUAUAA